AUGAAGUCUUGUAUUAUCGCUGCCACCUUGUUUUGUUCCGUCUCAGGGUCCCGAUCCCUGGAGGUUGGAGAAAAUGUUCCCACCCCAGAAGAGUUCGCCGAGGCAUUGUUUCGUCAGCUCAAAGUAAUGCCAUCUACAAAGUGCACAUGCCAAGACGGCUACGCCUUCCGCGACGGGACCUGCGUUCGAAGUAUCGAAACGGAAGCCGAAGGAAUAUGCCGUAGUGGAAAGAUGGUGGAUGGCUUGUGUAUCACUCCCGCUGCUCCAGUUCUGGAAUGUCCCAAUGGAUACAUCAACAUCUGCAAGGCGAAGGACAGAGCAGAAUCUCCAUGUUGUGCAAAGGGCCAUACUGCUGAAAAGAUAGCUAGGUGUAGAGAAGGGAUGCAAAGCCAAGAUGGUUACUGUACGAGCAUUGUUGCCCACGAAGCCGUCACUGAAUGCCCUGCUGGAUAUGCACUUAUCAACCACGGAUUGCAAUGCAUCAAGCAGGAAAGAGGACAGGCUGCUGCCGCUUGUGUGGCUCCGGAUGUACUCUCUGCCGAAGGAGACUCUUGCCUGAGAACGAUGCAGCAAGGCUACGAAUACAUUUGCCCUGACGAAUACCAAUGCAUUGCUUAUGCACACACGAAGAAGAAGUACAGUCCGGUUUGCUCUGCAUGUGCCAAAACAACGGAGAUGCAGCCACUCUGUGGAUGCCCUGAGGGCCAAAUAGAAGUGCAAGGCUACUGCUUUGAAGAAGACGUGUACGGCGUAUGCCAGCGGCAUCAGGGAAUGCCACGAAAGCAGGCACCCUCGAAGCGACAACCCGUGAAGCCCACAAAAAAGGGUGAAGAAGCACCAGAACCCAGCUGCAGCCCAGUUGGACGCGUUUCAUGCUCUUGCGAAGAAUCCUAUACUCUACACUGCACUAGCAACAUAUGCACCUGCAUCAACAGAGAAAUAAUACCUGUUGUUCCAAUAUGCAGGGGGGAGCUCGACGAAUCUGGAAAGUGCAUGGCGCAAGUCAAGACGCCCCUGUUGUACACCUGUGCCGAAGGAUUUACAUGUGACGUUGUGAACAAGAAAGGCCGCUGCCACUGCGUCCGCGUUGCAAUAGCGGAGCCAAGUGCACGAUGCGCUGCUGGAGAGCCACAUAAGGGGAAGUGCAUGGAGGUCGUUCGAGAGCAGAAGAUUGUGGAGUGCCCUCAAGGAUACAGUGAAACAUGCUGUGAUAACCACUGCUCGUGCACCAAGACGCACUUAGCCACGAGAGAAGUCAAGUGCGCGUCGGGAGCAGUCAGCAUUCAAGGAGAAUGCGUGUACGUGUCCCAACCCUCUCCAGGGUGCGAGGUGGGAAAGCUUCGCGGAGGGGCAUGCGUCGAGGAAUAUAUGUCCCCACCACUGUGCGGAUGA